AUGAAAACAUUAUAUUUUUGGAUUUAUGCACUAUCAACUGUAAGUCUUUUAGCAAUUGUCAUAUCAUUGGUGACAUGUGCGAUGCUAUUUCAGGAUAUUAAUAAUUUAUAUUAUGAAAUACUCGAUGGUAUGGAAGAAUUUAAGAUGAUAACGAAUGAUGCUUGGUUGGAGAUAAUGAAAUAUCAAAGAUUAAAAAAUAGAAGUUAUAUGGAUAGCACCUCAAAAUUAACAUUAUUUCAAAUGUUUAGAUCGAAACGAAUUCAACGACAAGCAUAUGAUAAUAAUGAUAAUUUACAACCACAAUGUGCAUGUGCACCACAACCAAAUACUUGUCCAUCUGGUCCACAAGGUCCACCUGGAAUACCUGGCUAUCCAGGAAUUGAUGGAGAACAUGGUCUACCAGGUAAACCUGGAUUAAACGGUAUAGAUAUUUUGUAUGAAUCAGAGCCAUUUGAAUAUAAAACGUGCAUCGAAUGUCCACCAGGACCUGAAGGACCACCAGGAGACCCGGGACCAAUUGGUGCAGAAGGACCACCAGGAAUGCCGGGCAAACCGGGACCUGAUGGAAAUCCUGGCUUGCCUGGACAACAGGGUCCAAUCGGUGAGCAAGGUCCACCUGGUCCACCUGGACCAGUUGGACCACCUGGAGAAAUGGGUAAAUCGAUAUUGGUAAUGUUCGGUAGACCAGGACCAAAAGGACCGCCUGGACCUCAAGGUCCAGUUGGUUUACCUGGCAAAAAAGGUGAACCAGGACUAAAAGGAAAUAUAGGUCCAGCAGGGAAGCGAGGACCUCCCGGUGUACCAGGAUAUCCGGGACAAGAUGGAGUACCAGGAGAGCCCGGUGAACCAGGAAGACCGGGUAUUGACUCUGAAUAUUGUUCUUGUCCUCAGCGUACUCCCUAUAUCUAUGGUGAAUCGCUUGGUGAAUCAGUUGGACCACCAGGAAAGCCGUAUGAUUUUAAAGAGCCAGAAGUAUAUAUUCCGGAUGAAGUCGAACCAUCAGAUGGCAAUUUUUACACAUUAUCGGAAUCAGAUCCCACGUACGUUCGGUAUCAGAAAUUGAGACGUCAUCGACGUUUGCUCAAAAAAUUUGCCCGAAAAAAAACAAUUUUAGGCGAGAAAUUAAUGAGAAAGAAUUAA